UGAGGGUUUAUGCAGCGAUGGGAACCGCAGGGACCCUUCGUCUUGGAUGCGGAUUUCUUCUUCUAGGGUUUCGACCAAAUGCAUGGGGAAGCUGCGAUCUAUUGUUUAGGGCCUCGAUUUCUGGAGCAAUUUCCAUCGUAUUUGGUGAUUGUUCGUUGCUUCCAGUUGUCGAAUAGGGGAGAAGUCUCUGCUUGAGCUCUCAUUCUUGUUGGGUUUCUUCCAUUUCCGCUGUUUCUUGAAUGUCUCUGCGAAAUCCCUGGAAUCUUGGGCUGUUUUUUGGUAUUGAUCUUCUUGGGGUUCUAUGUUCCUUUAAAGGGCAGGCCGUUAGAAGCUUUUUUUGACGGUUACUUUAUUUCCCUCUGGGAUCUUGGGUUUCUCGGUUAUGUUUCCUUUUGGGGGUUGUCUCAUCUUUAAAAUGCAGUAAAUUUGGGGAUCUUAAGGUGAACAAUUGCUGAAUUUUCGCCAGCUUUCAGUGUUCUUAGAUUUAUAGGUUUCUUGCCUUCUGAUAUUUAGUGUAAUAGAAGCAUAGCUUUCUGUGCUAUUUGGUUGUUUUUCUGCUUCAAUGCUUCAAUUUUUACCUCCCUUAAGCUCUGCCUCGCAAUUAGGUUUCUCCUCCAUCUCUGAGCCGAUUGCAGUGAUUUGGGGGGGUUUUGGUGAUGAUUAUUCUUCAGAUAUUUGAUUCUUAAUGAUUUGAUUAGGUUUUUGCCCUUUUUUGUUAAGAUGAACCCAGAAAAUGGAAGCUUUGCUAGGUGUGUAAGGCACCCGUCUCAGUUCUUCACUGGUUUCUGUUCACUUUGCUUGGUUGAAAGGUUAUCAAGUGUUGGCUCUGCGGAACAGAGCUUGAAACCCUCAGAUGGUUCCCAGUGUGAAAUUGUUGAGGUCUCCAUUGCUGUUCCUGGUGCUGAUAAGGAGCCUAAUGAGGUCAGAGUAAGGAAGACUCUCCUAUCUUUAUUUCAGUUGGAUGAUGCUGACAGUGUUGCUAGCAAGGAAAAUCCAUCAAAAGACCAGCUUGUGACAGAGAAUUCAGCUGCUGGAAGUCUCGGGUCUUCGAAACAUGGGUAUGAAUGCAAAACUGGUGUUUCCGAUGACGUGAAUAGUUCUAAGGAUGUUCAGGUUGAGGUGAACCCUAGGAUUUCAGAGAACAAUUCUGAUGCUGCCGGCAAUCUUAGGGAUAAUGCUGGAUUUGACAGGAGGGUCAAGUCCUUAGAAGAUGGGAAGUUGAAAGGCAAAGGCGUGCCACUUUGGUUGAGUUUAAUGCUGCCAAAUAAGGGAUUGAGAUGGAGGAAGAGUAGCACAUUCAAGAAGAACCAGCUGAAUGACAGGAGCUUGAGUGAUGGAGAUGGGGAUAAACAGCUGGAUAGCAAGACUGACUUCCGGCAUUCUUGUGACUGGAGGAUGUCUCAUGAUUCCAGCAAGACCUCGCACUGGGAAUUACCUAGACAUUCAUGGGAUGGUUCAAUGGUGAGCAAGGCACUAGCAUGCUCAUUCGCCUGCCUUGAAGAACGUGGAGGAGGUUGCAAUAGGACAAAGAGAAGUUUACCUGAAGAAGAUAUCAGUUCAGACCAUAAGCCAACUGCUGAUAAUUGUGUUAUUAGCAAAACUGCUGAUAGACCAUUAUCAUCACAAAGUAGUUUGGGAAGCUUUUUCAAAGAACGGAGUUGCAAAGAAUCUAAUUCAGAAAUCAAAUUUUUGGAUGUCAGCAGAAAAAAAUCACACAGGUGGAGUAGAGUGUGGGAUCGCAGUAUGACAAGCCCUUUCAGGGAUUUUGUAAAGAAACGCGAACAUGUGUUGGAGAGGUCUCUGUCUGAGUCUUGGCAAGCCCGGAAGGACAAGACUAUAGAAACUGCGGGAUCUGUUGGUGGAGUACAUUAUAAUGGGAAUGGCCUCAAUUCUGUUGGAACAAGCCAGAGCAUAAACAGAAUUAUAAAUGCUGCUAAUGGUGAUCUUCAUAAUUCUAGACCUGAUUGGCAAAAGAAGAGGGCAUAUGAGCUUGGUCGAAGCCGGAGUGUCCAUUACUCUUCCCCUGGGAACUUAGAUAAUGGACUUCUUCGCUUUUAUUUGACUCCUUUAAGAAGCAGCAGAACUACAAGCAAGAGUAGGGCGAAAAAUUCACAUUCAUUUGCCAGAGGCAUAUUUGGGUUUUAAUGAAAGCAACAGCAUUGUACUCAAAAGGAUGCUACAAAAAUGCCUUCAAAGCAGAGUUCCCCUUACGGCUUUACCCUCCUGCUUCUUUCUCCUUAUCUCUGCGUUUCUUGAGGAGUGGUCCUACUACAUGAUGCAGUCCAAGUCCAUUGCUCGCUGCGGAAAAGCAUUUUGCGAUUCUGAGUGCUCUUUAUGACUCGGAAGAUGAAAAAAGAUGUGCCAGAAUCUGCCUAGCUUGGUUGCAGUAUUUUGUUCGAAUGGGAACCUGUAGGUAUUUCCUGAUACCAGAAAUUAUGUUAUAAGUAGGGAUGGCUCGGCCGAUAUAAGGGCAGGACUUCAACCAAGAUGAGUAUAUUUCAAAUCAGUAGCUGCACACCGGGGGUCCAAACCAUCUUGAUUACAGAGGCAUUAACAUUUGUAGAUGCGCAAUAACGUUCCUUCUUUAUGAUGGGAUCUACUAAGCACUGGCAUUGCCCUGGGGUCUGUGACUGUCAACGUAGUCCUAAAGUCUCAAAUUCACCAACCUCUUCCCAUCCCUCCCUUCCUCAUGGACCCAUUGCGUAAAAGUUUCCAAUUCAUAAUAAAAUUUGACACCAACUUAUUAUUC